CUAGGAGGCUUUGUUGUGCCGCACGCCCACGCGCGUCCCUCUACCUUCGGGAAUCGAGCAUCGUUCGUGCCUCGUGUACACCUCUAGCUCUGCAAUUUUCUGCCAUAUUCGAGUGGACGGAAGCAUCCCUCGGUAUCGUGUGUGUUGUUUGAAGAUAAAAGCGGAAGCUGCAAGAACGCUUAGAGAGAAGAAUCUUUCGAUCGUAGCCACAUUCCGUGUGGAUAGACUCUCCCGUAGGAGCCAUGAGUUAUCAAAUGUCUUCGAACCAGUCCAGACCGAUGUCUCAUGGAAAUUAUCAAGGUCUGGGUGAAUUGCCCAUGGGUUCUGCCAACGAACAGACCCUGAUGUGGCAGCAAAAUUCAUACAUGGGUGAUUCCGGAAUACAUUCUGGUGCUGUCACCCAAGCGCCGUCCUUAUCUGGCAAAGAGGACGACGAGAUGGAGGGUGACCAGCUGAUGUUCGAUUUGGAUCAGGGAUUUGCUCAGGGUUUCACUCAAGACCAAGUGGACGAAAUGAAUCAACAAUUGAGUCACACAAGAUCGCAGCGUGUUCGUGCUGCCAUGUUUCCAGAAACUUUGGAAGAGGGUAUUGAAAUUCCUUCUACGCAAUUUGAUCCGGCUCAACCCACCGCUGUACAGAGAUUGGCAGAACCAAGUCAAAUGUUGAAACAUGCUGUCGUCAACUUGAUAAACUAUCAAGAUGACGCAGAUCUGGCGACUCGUGCAAUACCAGAAUUAAUUAAGUUGUUAAACGAUGAGGACCAAGUUGUUGUAUCUAAAGCGGCAAUGGUGGUUCACCAACUUUCAAAGAAAGAGGCUUCUCGUCAUGCUAUCAUGAACAGUUCUCAAAUGGUAGCUGCGUUAGUUCGUGCAAUUUCAAACAGUGACGAUCUUGAAUCGACAAAAGCAGCAGUUGGCACAUUGCACAAUUUAUCUCAUCACAGACAAGGUUUGCUGGCUAUUUUCAAAAGCGGUGGUAUACCAGCUCUUGUGAAACUUUUGAGCUCUCCGAUGGAAUCUGUUCUCUUCUAUGCCAUAACAACGCUCCAUAAUUUACUGUUACAUCAAGAUGGUUCUAAAAUGGCUAUACGUCUUGCCGGAGGUUUACAAAAAAUGGUUAAUUUGCUUCAACGAAACAAUGUAAAGUUUUUAGCUAUAGUAACAGAUUGUCUGCAAAUUCUCGUGUUUGGCAAUCAGGAGAGCAAGUUAAUUAUAUUAGCUUCGCAAGGACCAAUAGAACUAGUACGCAUUAUGCGUUCUUACGAUUACGAGAAGCUACUAUGGACCACUUCGAGAGUCUUGAAAGUGUUAUCAGUUUGUUCUAGCAAUAAACCAGCAAUAGUAGAAGCAGGUGGUAUGCAAGCACUUUCGAUGCACCUUGGUAAUCCGAGUCAGAGACUAGUCCAGAAUUGUUUGUGGACACUACGAAAUUUGUCAGACGCUGGUACCAAAGUCGACGGAUUAGAAGGUUUACUACAGAGUCUUGUACAAGUACUCAGCUCAACAGAUGUAAAUGUUGUCACUUGUGCAGCUGGUAUAUUAUCAAAUCUUACUUGCAACAACCAACGUAACAAAGUAACAGUAUGUCAAGUGGGUGGUGUCGAUGCCCUUGUUCGUACCAUCAUUUACGCGGAUAGUCGAGAGGAAAUCAGCGAACCAGCAGUAUGCGCACUCCGCCAUUUGACGUCGCGUCACGGAGAGGCAGAAACAGCACAGAAUUCUAUUCGUCUAAAUUAUGGCAUUCAGGUCAUAGUAAAACUUCUACGUCCACCUUCGCGUUGGCCGCUCGUUAAAGCUGUGAUUGGAUUAAUUCGUAAUUUGGCACUCUGUACUGCGAAUCAUGGUCCGCUUCGUGAUCAUGGAGCGAUUCAUUAUCUCGUUAGGCUUCUGAUGCGCGCUUUUCCCGAAACACAACGGCAGCAACGGUCAUCUGUGGCAAGCACCGGAAGUCAGCAGACAUCGGUCGUGUACGCGGAUGGUGGUGUACGCAUGGAAGAAAUAGUCGAAGGUACCGUAGGAGCGCUUCAUAUUCUUGCGAGAGAAUCGCAUAAUAGGGUCAUGAUCAGAACUGAGAACGUAAUACCGAUUUUCGUACAGUUGCUGUUUAACGAGAUCGAGAAUAUUCAACGCGUAGCGGCCGGAGUGCUCUGCGAACUUGCUACUGACAAAGAAAGUGCUGAAAUGAUCGAACGAGAAGGUGCUACUGCUCCUUUGACGGAGCUGCUUCAUUCUAGAAACGAGGGCGUCGCGACUUACGCAGCAGCCGUGUUAUUCCGCAUGAGCGAGGACAAACCGCAAGAAUAUAAGAAACGACUGUCCAUAGAACUUACAAACUCUUUAUUCCGCGAGGAUACCAAUCUCUGGAACAACGCUGACUUCGGAAUGCCUCCUGAUUUGCAGGACAUGCUUGGCCCUGAUCAAGGCUAUGAUGGUAUGUAUGGACAAGGACCCCCUAGCGUACACAGCAGCCACGGAGGUCGAGGGUAUCAACCGCAAGGUUAUGGGCAGAUACCAGUAGAUUCAAUGCAAGGAUUGGAAAUAGGUGGAGGGUCGACAUACGGCGCAAUGGACACUAUGGACGUAGCGCACGAGGGUGACCUGAGUUUCGAUCAUUUAGAAGAGCUUCCUGCACCGCCGCAAGAUAACAAUCAGGUUGCAGCUUGGUACGAUACCGAUCUCUGAAACCGUGCCAGCGCCAAUUCUCGCCGGAGAAGCGGACUAGUGAGGCUCUUAAGUAAUUUUAAUACAGACUAGCGUCGUCGUUUUACUCUCACCCUGUAUCUAUCGAGAUCGAAAGAAUUUUGACGAAUAUAAUUGUGGAACGAAAGGUUCCUACGCGCGAAAGAACAUCACAUAGAAACGCACAUACACGUACACACAUACACAUGCACACAGACACGUAUUGCACACGGAGAGUGCGGGGCAACUUUAAAGCUUGUUUUUACGCGAAUGAGACAGGGUACGGAAAUCGUGUUACGCGAUCACUGCAGCAUCGAGAAUAACUGCAUUGAUUCCUAGAAAUAUGAAAUCGGUUACGCUAUAUACAAAUAUAUAUACAUAAAACAAAUAUAUAUAUAUAUAUAUAACUUACCAAUGUCGUACCUUAGAUAUUUAUAUUAAAAAAAAAGAAAAAAAAAAGAUAUAGGGGAACUUGAAACUGUUUUCGCGACGGGAGGACAUCGUUGGCGGUGGUCAACACACACGAUGAGUGUUUAAAUAUCGAAACGUUGACCACGACUUUA